AUGAUACAACCCAUCCAUAUAUUUGCUUUGCAAUGUUAUCUUACUAUUAAUUUACAAAUAAAUUCAAGUGUAAUAUUUGUGAUGUACAGUUGCGAAAAUGGUGGAGUUUUCAAUUUUUUUAACCAAAUGUUUGACGAGCUCACUAAUACCAUUUCAGAAUAUCCUCAAUGCCCUUGGAGCUGGGUUGUUAGAACCACUAGAGUUCUAGUGGCACACGGUGUUAUUCAUGAAUCUGAGCAUGUUUUAAUAGUGAUCCUCUCAAACAUAACAUUAAUAUUGAGUCUCUUUGGAGUUGACUUGUGUCUCAAGGAAGAAGUAAAAGAGUUCAGUGAUCGCUUACUAACUCAUUUCUGUUAUUGUGACCUGUCGAAGAAAAAGAUAGAUUUUCAUAACCUUCCCGAUCAACUCGAAGAGAUGGAUUUUCAAGUUCUCCAAAAUUCCAUUCCUACUCAAAACAACCCCCACUGGCGCCUCCUAGGUCAUAUCAUCCAUCAUAGCAUAUCAAGGAGAUAUACAGUUUGGGAAAAAACAACCAAACGUUUUGCUAAAUAUGCAAAGCUAAAUCUUGGGUCUGACACAAUUUGGCCCGAACCAAAUCCACAACCAGAGCCACAACCAGAGCCAGAGCCCAAGGCCAAGCCAGAUGUCAUUUCUGUUCAAAAAAAAGACUUUCAAGAGAUGAAAUCUCGCAUCCUUGCUCUCGAGACACAACUCAAAGAGCUUGAGUAUGAGCCAGUUAAGACCAAGAGUCCUCCCCAAGACAGUGCUUAA